CCGCAGCACAAUGUGUUACCUAGAGCCAUGGAGGCAGUCACAUGGGGUUUUUCUGACUCCUACAUAGCUGGAACACUCACAGCUUUCUCUAGAGGAUUAUAAGUUUUGAUAUUCAGAAGACUGAAGGAUGCCAUCUGAGAGGUGCCUGAGUGUUCAGGAAAUGCUGACAGGUCAGAGGCUUUGUCAGUCUAGCUCCCACAACGAUGCUGUCCUGGCAGCUCUGAACCAACAAAGAAGUGAUGGCAUUCUUUGUGAUAUUACCCUUAUUGCUGAAGAGCAGAAAUUCCAUGCACACAAAGCGGUCCUGGCAGCCUGCAGUGACUACUUCCGAGCAAUGUUCAGUCUCUGCAUGGUUGAGAGUGAAGCUGAUGAGGUGAAUUUACAUGGUGUCACAAGCCUUGGUUUAAAACAAGCCCUGGACUUUGCAUAUACUGGACAGAUCCUCUUGGAACCAGGGGUGAUACAGGACGUCCUAGCAGCUGGGAGUCAUUUGCAGCUGCUGGAGCUUCUCAGUUUAUGUUCUCACUAUCUCAUUGAGGAAUUAAAUAGUUUUAAUUACUUGGACCUGUACAAGCUUGCGGAUCUUUUCAACCUCACUUUGUUGGAGAAUGCAGUCAUUGGCUUCUUAGUAAAACAUCUCUCUGAGCUAUUGAAGAGCCAUCCUGAAGAAGUUCUGGCACUCCCGUACUGUCUUCUUCGAGAGGUUUUUAAAAGCGAUAGACUCACUUCACUCAGUGAAGAACAAAUCUGGCAGCUGGCUGUGAGGUGGCUGGAGCACAACUGCCGCUACCAGUAUCUGGAUGAGCUUCUCCAGUACGUCCGCUUUGGCCUUAUGGAUGUGGAUACACUGCACACUGUAGCUCUCACCCAUCCUCUCGUGCAAGCCAGUGAAACUGCGACCGCGCUCAUUAACGAGGCCCUGGCGUACCACCAGAGCGUCUACGCACAGCCCGUUUGGCAGACUGCAAGGACAAAGCCCCGCUUCCAGUCAGACACUCUUUAUAUCAUUGGCGGGAAAAAACGGGAAGUCUGCAAAGUGAAGGAAUUGCGAUACUUCAACCCGGUGGACCAGGAGAACGUCCACAUUGCGGGCAUCGCCAACUGGAGCGAGCUGGCGCCCAUGCCUGUGGGGAGGAGCCACCACUGCGUGGCCGUCAUGGGAGACUUCCUUUUUGUGGCUGGCGGAGAGGUGGAGCACUCCACGGGGCGCACGUGUGCCGUGAGGACUGUCUGUCGCUACGACCCCCGCACCAACUCCUGGGCGGAGAUAGCUCCCAUGAAGAACUGCCGGGAGCACUUUGUGCUGGGAGCCGUGGACGAGUACCUCUAUGCCGUAGGGGGCAGGAACGAACUGCGCCAAGUGCUGCCCACGGUCGAGCGCUACUGCCCCAAGAAGAACAAGUGGACCUUUGUACAGUCCUUUGAUCGGUCGCUCUCGUGCCACGCAGGAUAUGUGGUGGAUGGUCUUCUUUGGAUAUCAGGAGGAGUAACAAAUACUGCACAAUAUCAAAAUAGACUCAUGGUCUAUGAUCCUAAGCAGAACAAGUGGCUGAGCCGCAGCCCGAUGCUGCAGAGGAGGGUCUAUCACUCCAUGGCUGCCGUGCAGAGGAAGCUCUAUGUGCUGGGCGGGAACGACCUCGACUACAACAACGAUCGCAUCCUGGUGCGCCACAUCGACUCCUACAGCAUCGACACCGACCAGUGGACCCGCUGCAGCUUCAACAUGCUGACAGGUCAAAAUGAGUCUGGAGUUGCUGUCCACAAUGGCAGAAUAUAUUUAGUUGGUGGCUAUUCGAUUUGGACAAAUGAGCCUUUGGCAUGUAUCCAGGUGCUGGAUGUUAGCAAGGAGGGGAAGGAAGAGGUGUUCUAUGGGCCUACGCUCCCCUUUGCUUCCAAUGGAAUAGCAGCCUGCUUUCUUCCAGCUCCUUAUUUCACAUGCCCCAACCUUCAGACUCUGCAAGUGCCUCACCACAGGAUCGGCACGAUGUGACACAUUCCUCGCGCUUCACGGAAUCGGAAGUGGAGGAGGAAAACAUCAAACCCCACAGGGUUUGACAGAAGGGUUUCCCUGGGUCAGUGGGAAGAGUCAAUCCACUCGGGCUGCUGCUUUACCAUCACACACUUGUCUUAAGGCCAGGUCCCAGCGGGCAGGCAGGGAGCCCCAAAGGCCGCGCGCGGUUUCUCUGCGGGGCUCAGCGGCGGCAGCGCUCCGUGAGCGCCGUGUGCGGUUCUGCCGGUGGCCGCUGGCUGCAUCUCCUUCAUCUCCUUAUGCAACCUCAUCAGGCAUUGUGGAUGCUCUCAGCUCUCCCUGGGCCGCUGCUCUUUGGAGUCUGCACAUUCAGUUGUUCACCAGUGGCGCUUUCAAAGACAAUAAAAAAGCUCUGUUUGUGUUGACAAAGAUGAUAUAAUACUGUGCUAAUUAUGCAACUUACUCAAUACCUUUGGCAAAAAGAAUAACAAAUGUGUUGACUUCCAAUUCCGAACUCCAUCGUUUACAGUUUCUCAUUUAAUAAUAUUUCAUUUGAAAUUUAAAUACUUCAAAACAGAUUAAAACAAAAAUAAAAAACAAACAAGCCCUAUAGGAUAAGAGGAACAGAUAAAAAUUGUCUCAGCUGAAAGGCAAAGAAAAUGAAGCCUCACAGUUAAACUCAAGUCUGAACUGAUUGUGUUUGUCUGAGACUCUAAAGAUUGUUUGGGAUGUCAUUUACCAAGGUCUACUACCAAAUAAAUGUUACCUUCUGUCAUAUGAUCAA